GUAUUUUUUUUUCUGUUUAUAAAAAAAAACUAAUUUUCUAUUCUUAAGUUUUAAGUUUAUUAAAAAACAUAAUAUAAUAAUAAUUGUGAUUUAUUGUAUUAUGACCGAUCCGGAAAUAUUCAAGAACAAUUAAGAAAAAGGAAUAAAUGAAUGAGUAGUGUUUAAAAAAUGAAAGUUAAAAUUAAGAGUUUUAUGACAAUUGCAACAUGGCACUGGAUAACAAAGGAUGAUUAUUGCGGUAUAUGUCGUAUGGCAUUUGAAAGUUCAUGUCCUGAAUGCUCGUUACCGGGUGAUGAUUGUCCAUUAGUUUGGGGUGUUUGUUCACAUUGUUUUCAUAUGCAUUGCAUAGUAACAUGGUUAAAUUUACAACCAUUAAGCCAACAAUGUCCAAUGUGCCGUCAAAGUUGGAAAUUUAAUAUACAAUAGAAAUGUUUUAAACAUAAUAUUUAUACAUUACCUAUUUACUUACCAAUAUACAUAUACAUAUACUAAAAGGUAUAAGAAAACAAUAAAAAAAAAACAAACAAAAAUUAUAUUUAAUUGUUAAAUUGCAAUGAAAACAAAAAAUUUCCUAAUAAUAAAUUCAAAUUAAAGUAAAUUUGGUUCAAAUUUUUUUCAAAAGAAAAUGGAGAAGACUGAUUUUGAAAUAAAAUCGAGUAACAUCUAAAAAAAAAACGUCAUUUCAUUUAAAUAUAAAAAAAAUAUAAAAUUCAAAUCGCAUAUUUUAAGGAAAAACAAACUAAAAAUGUAGCUUGUUAUUAGUGUUUUUUGAUU